AUGGGUGGCUGUGUAGCUUCUGUGAUGGAGAAGAAGAACGAGUGGAGUCUCAUCGACUACCCCGAGUAUCAGGCAUUCAAGCUGCUCACGAAGCAAGCUGAGCCUGUGCCUCUCACAGAAGAGCCCAAUGCUUCCGCAAUAUACCGUAUGGCCGGUACUUCGGAUAAGGAACAUCAAGAGCUUGUCUACAAGUACUACCAUGACGAGAUACCAUCGCAGCGGUUGUAUGCUGUGUGCAAGGAGCGUUCGAACAAGACAGCGCUGGCGUACCGUGUCCUAGAGAAAAUUGAGUGCACCACUAUCACGGAAAGCAACGGCAAAACCAAAAAAAUGGAAGUGUAUGUCUUUGAGCCUGAGCGGCGCACAAUAACUUAUGCGCAGUUUUGGACGAAUAUAGACAACCUGGGCAAGGGUCUUUGUGAAAUUGGACUGCAGGCGAAGCAGCAUGUAGCUAUAUAUGAAGAGACGCGUUGGGAAUGGUUCUGCACCAUCAAUGCUAUAUGGUCGCGCCAUAUGAUUGCUGUGACAGUUUAUGCAAACCUGGGGGAGGACGCACUUAUAUACGCAUUGAAGGAGACAGAAUGUCGUGCCAUCAUUUGUAAUGGGAAAAGUGUCCCGAAACUCAUGGGAAUGAUGAAGCAGUCGGGUGUGAGCAAUGCGAAGCUGAUUUACCUUGAUGAUCUUCCAGCAAACUCAGACACAUCAGGAUUCACCGUGUACCGUUGGGUUGAUGUUCUAAAGAAAGGUGAGGAAAGUAGCCUCCCAGAAGCGAACCUCCCCAACUCUGAAAACUGUGAUGACAUCUCGCUUGUCAUGUACACAAGCGGCACCACAGGAAACCCAAAGGGCGUGAGACACACUCACGGAAGCAUUGGAGCUGGUUUUGCUGCGCUGGGCCAGCGCGUGUUUGACCUACUUGGCGAAGCGAAGGAACCAGAAACAUACUGUUCUUACCUCCCACUUGCCCAUAUUAUGGAGCUCGGCGUGCUGAACGUUCUAUUCGCCCGAGGCUGUAUUGUUGGUUUUGGUCAUCCGCGCACUUUGACAGACAACUUUGCGAAGCCACAUGGAGACUUUGCAGAGUACCGCCCUGUUAUUGUCGUUGCUGUACCACGUGUAUUUGACACAAUAAAGAGGGCGGUGGAAGCCAAAUUACCCAAGCCUGGAACGCUGAAGCGUACUUUAUUUGACCGUGCGUACCAGGCUCGUCUAAAGGCGUUACAAGAGGGGAAAGAUACACCGUUCUUCAAUGAAAAGAUCUUCAGCCUAGUUCGUAAGGCAAUGGGGGGUCGUGUGCAUGUGAUGCUUACAGGUGGUGGCCCAAUGAGUCCUCUGACGCAGGAAUUCGUCAACGUCGUGUUUGGUAUGAUCAUUCAGGGUUGGGGCCUCACAGAGACAGUGUGCUGUGGCGGUAUCCAACGCACCGGAAACCUCCAAUAUGACAACGUCGGACAGCCGCUCAAGUCAGUGGAGUUUCGGCUCCUCGACACGGCGGUAUACCAUCACACCGACAAGCCGGAGCCACGGGGCGAGAUUCUGCUGCGAGGGCCCUUCCUGUUCAAGGGAUACCAUAAACAGGAGGAACUGACGAAGGAGGCGAUUGACAAGGAUGGCUGGUUCCAUACAGGUGACGUGGGCAGCAUCGAAGAUAAUGGUACGGUGCGUAUCAUAGGACGUGUUAAGGCGUUGGCGAAGAAUUCAAACGGGGAAUACAUUGCGAUGGAGACGCUCGAGGCAAUGUAUGGGCAGAACGAUCUUUGCACACCCAAUGGCGUGUGUGUGGUGGUGCACCCCAGCCGCAGCUACAUCGCAGCCCUGGCGCUGACGACGGAGCAGCUCGCGAUGCAUUUUGCGCAGAAGAACAAUAUAUCUGGAGAAUUCCCUGCCAUUCUCAACAGUGCGGAGUUUCGCGAGAAAGUGGAUGCGUCGUUCCAGGCAACGGCGCGGAAGGCCGGCCGCAGGAGCUUUGAAGUUCUACGACACGUGCAACUAAUACCGGACGAGUGGACUCCAGAGAACGAGACGUUGACAGCGGCGAUGAAGUUGAAGCGGCGCGUCAUCGAGGAGCGUUACAAACCAAUUAUUGAAGAACUAUUUGCUGAUGAUGUGUAG